AUUCCAAGAUAAAAUGGAAAAUUAUAAAUUGUCUUUUUAUUUUAAUUUUUUUUUGAAUAAUCAAAUAAAAGCUUUAAAUUAGUAAGAAUUCUAAUUAAAUUAAAUAUCCUUGGAAGAAAAAUCAAAAAUUAAUAAAGGAAAUUAAAUAAAUAAAUAAUGGAAUAGGAAUAAAAUCAAAAUAGCUAGAGAAUGCAAGAAGAAGUUCCAAUGAGAUUAUUAAAGAUUAAAACUCUCUCUGAAACAGUUUAUGAGUUAAGGGUUCCAGCUAAUAUGCUUAUCAAAGAUUUAAGAAUUAAAGUGUAAGAAGUUAGCGGCGUUCCAGCAGAUAGAUAAAGAAUGAUAUGCAUGGGAUAAUAACUUAUCGACACUAAAACUGUUGGUGAUUAUGCUAAGGACCCAGAACAACCAAAUUGGAUUCACUUGGUAGCAAAAGUCUAACAAUAAAAUGCAAAUCAACAGCCUUAGUAAUAGUAGGCUUAAUAAUAAUAAUAAUAACAGCCACAGUAGUAAAACAAUAGAAGACCAUUAGAUAUGUUUGGGGGAAACGUUUAAAUAUAAUAGGGCAAUUUAGGUGAUUUGUCAUAAAUAUUAGGGAACUUAACCAAUUUAUUUAAUAUAUAACCUGGAGCUAGAUAGUAAUAGUAACAAUAGCCUAAUUAAUAAUCUUAGUAGCCAUAACAAAAUCCUCUUAUUCAGUCUGCUUCAUUCACUUUAGCUUAACCUUUAUUUUAACCUUAACCAUAGCACUCUUAAGCUCAAAGCUAAACUUAACCAUAAACUCAAUAGAAUCCUCAAACAUAAUCUACUGCAAGAUCUAAUUUAGUUAGUAAUUAGUAGCCUAUCACUAUUUAAAGAUAAAUUUAACUACCUCAUUAAGAAUUGCUCAAUUUAGGAUUAAUAUGCAACAAUCUUAUGGGAGCUUAAAGUACUUUUCCUGGACCUCCUCUUCCUAUGCUACCAAAUAGAUCUCCAGCUGCAAUGAUUGGUUCCUAUCUAAGUAAUUGGUAGUUUUAAGUAUAGCGCACUCUACCAUUUGUCCAUCGCUUAGCAGAAUUACUUUAAAGAGAGUAGUAUAUGAAUUUGUAAGUAGAUAGAAGUUCCACUCAAGCUCUUUCUCUGGAAGUUGGACGUGCUUUAAAUGAGCUUGUAGCUUGCACUUAGCCACUUGUAGGAAUUUUACGUGAUAUCUAGUUAGAUUAAGGUCCAGGAUAAGCUAGAUUUGAAUAAAAUCCAAAUGCUCCUGCCCCUGUCUUAACAAGACCUCCUGUAUAACAUCCUAUGCAGUCAUCAAACAGUUAAAAUUAGAGUGGAAGCACUUCAACUAAUACUUAAAAUAGCUAAAACCAAGCAAGCAACUCUAAUACCAAUAACACUAAUAUGAAUAAUAAUAGCAAUAGAAACUAAUAAUAGAAUGUAUCUCAACCUAAUGUAUAAGCUACUAUUUAAGUUGGCUAAGUUCCAAUAACUUCCUUUUUUUCAAAUUAGCAAUAAAGAAAUUAGGUCAAUAAUUAGCCUGCUUAAAAUAAUAAUACUAAUAGCACUUAAGCUUAAUAACCUGGUUAAACCACAAUAAAUAUUACUUAAAACCCUAAUAAUGGUGCUAAUGAUUCUUUAAAUCAAUUAAUAUCUUAAAUUAGUGGAGGACAAAAUGGAGAAGUAAGAAUUGGAGUUAUGAACACAAUGAAUAAUGAUUAAGAAAUUUAGAUUGUAGGCAUAGGAUCAACUCAUGUUGUGGAUACAGACUCAAACAUCAAUUUAUAGUAAGUUUUAGGAAAUAUUUUAGGUAAUUAGAAUAUUAACGUGAAUGCAUCGAGUGUAAAUACUGGCAACAGAAACAAUAAUUAAUCUAGAAAUAAUAAUUAAAACUUAAAUGAAUCAGAAUGGGAGGAUGAAGAAGAUGAAAAUACUAUUGGAAUAGAAAUGAGCAGUACCAUUAAUUUGAAUGGAGAUGAAAAUCUACUCUAAAAUCUUUUGUAAGGUUUAGGUUUACCUAAUAAUGGAAAUUCUAAUAUUACCAUUAAUGCUAGUGGUCCAUAGGUUUAAACUACAACAAUAAGUGGUGCAUAAGCUGCAAAUUUAUUAUCUUAACUUAAUAGAUAGACAUAAUAAUAAAACCAACAGCAAUAGCAACAAAAUUAGAUGCCAUCUUCAUAAAAUACAAACUAAUCUUCUAAUUCUUCUUAAUAGUAACCUUAAAACUAAAAUUCUAGUUCACAGAACAACACUUAAAGCUAGUCCCAAUAAAACAGUUAAUAAUAAUAGCAAGCAGUUUAGCAAUAAUAGCCUUAAAUGGGAUUCCCUUUUAUGAUGGGAGGAUAAAGUGGUGGAUUUAACCCAUUAAGCAUGCUCAUGGGAGAUGGAAUUGGAGGCAUGAUGAAUAUGACCGUUGAUGAAUUAAUCAGAGAAAAUAUGACAGAAUAAGAUUAAGAGCAAAGUGAAUCUGAUGAAUUAAUAUAAGCAAUUGUUGGCCAAUUAAGAAUUUCAGAUUUAGUUUAGAGCUUUAUGAGUGGUCAAUUCACUUUCUUAAACAGCAUCCAAUAAAAGAUAAGAGAUCAAAUUAGCUAACGCAACUUAGGAAGAUAAGAGUUUUCCGAAAAGCUAGCUUAAUCUUUGAGCUCAUACUUAGUAGUUCCAUAAUAACAUAGCUAAUUAGUUUAUGAAGGUUUAGAACCUGAAGGCAUAGCUUUAGAUAUUUUAGAAACAAGACUUCCUACUGUUUAUGAUAUAAUUAUGAGAGAUUUUCCUCAAGAUGGGACAGAGACAUUUAGUGGAGAGUUUGUUUAUGAAGUUAAAAAAAUAAUUGGAGAGUUAUUCACUGAAUUUUCUGAAUGUUUACAUGGAGGAUUAAAUGAUUUAUAAGUUAUAUUUAGAGCUUGGGUAAACGAACCUAUAACAAGAAUUAUGGGAGAAGGUAGCAUGGCUUUAGUUGAUUCUUUGAUCACUACUAUGUUGUGGGAAAAAGUCAAGGCUUUGAUUUUAUAAUAUUAACAUGAAAAUAAUAAUAAUUAGAGAUCUGCAGAAGAACAAAAGCAAAACCAGGAAGGAGGUUCAAAUGGUUAAAUGGAAAUUGAAAAUCCCACAUAAAAUCGUGCUGAAUAAGAAAUUGAUCUUUUAGAAGAUAUCGAAAAUGAGCUUGAAAAAGACGAAACUAGAUUUGAAAGAUACAACAUAUAGCUUUCUGAAGAAUAUAAAAAAGGUGAUUUGAUGAAAAAGAAAGAUUGA